UGGAAGCUGGUUCCUAAGACAACCCAUGAAACAUGCAUCCCACUAGCGGGACUGCUUUCACAGCAGCUGCGGGAAACUGAAUACACCACUUGAAACCUGUGAGAGAGAGAGACAAUCUAGCCACACUUCCUGUUGUGAGAGCAAACAUGAGAGGAUAUAUGAUGCAGAAACCUGCCACAUAAACCUGACCUGCCUUUUGCAGCUGAGAAUCAUUAAGUUUCUGCAGAGCUCUGGGUUUGUUCCAGUUACCACAAGAUGCAUAUGAAUAGUUUACUCAAUCAAUUCACAAGCAUCUCCAGCAUGUGUGAUGUUGAUGUAUCGGAGCCCUCCAGUCCCACCCUGUAUGGAGAGUCUUCAGAUAAGUAUUACCAUGUGGACCGUUGGCAAAAGCUCCGCACCGCUGUGCGUAAACUGGAGUUCUGGGAAAAUUUUUCUGCUGAAUUAAUUGGAAGUGGCUUCUUCUCCAAGGUCUAUAAGGUGGUACAUACUACUAGCCGCAAGAUCAUGGUGGUGAAGAUAUACAAAAAUGACGUGGACCAAGACAGCAUUGUACGUGAAAUCAGCCUUCUUCAGAAACUAUCCCAUCCCAAUAUUGUCAGGUAUCUGGGAAUAUGUGUUAAAGAAGACAAGCUCUAUCCGAUUUUAGAGUACGUGAAUGGUGGCUGUCUUGAGGAGCUGCUGGCCAAAAAAGAAGUUCCACUAUGCUGGAAGGAGAAGGUGGACCUGGCCUGUGAUAUCAGCAGAGGAAUGAUCUACCUGCAUUACAAGAAUAUUUACCAUAGAGAUCUUAACUCAAAAAAUUGUCUGAUCCGUAUAACAUCCCGAGGUCGAGAGGCCCUAGUGACAGACUUCGGUCUUGCUAGAGAGGUGGUGGAACUGCCAGUCAAAGACCCGGGCCGCAAACUCUCCCUGGUUGGGUCUGCUUUUUGGAUGGCCCCGGAGAUGCUCCGAGGGGAGCCGUAUGACCGCAAGGUAGAUGUUUUCUCGUUUGGAAUUGUGCUUUGUGAAAUCCUGGCUAGGAUCCCUGCUGACCCUGAGAUACUGCCCAGAACACAGGACUAUGGGUUGGAUAAGACUGCAUUUAAAGAACUGGUGACCGACUGUCCUCAGCGUCUCUUGGAACUGGCAGCCAGCUGCUGUAUGGUGGAGUCCUUCAGACGUCCAGCAUUCACAGAGCUGUUAGAUGAUUUAGGAGAAUUUGCAGAGAGUUUGGAACCACUGCCAAAAACCGAACUGGCCUUGACCUGAGUUGCAGAAGGGAUGAAACAUCGGAGGCACUGAAAGAAGAACAUCACCUGUUCGAGAUGUAUUUCACCCAAUACUGCUCAACUGAAGAGGAACGAGUAUAUUUGAUUUUUUUUUUUUUAUGUUGGGAGAGAAUAGGUUUCAGGUACAUUUUGUAAUGGACUUGCAUCUAUUUUAGUAGGUGGAAUUAAAAGGUAUAUACUGUACCAAGCAUGCCCUUUUGAUUUCUCUGGUAAUGACUAAGGGUUUGCCUUGUAACCAACCAUAUGGACAAUCAUGUCUGAAGAUGUGGUUUCUUCCUUCAUCUACACUUCUUUGUUCCUUAGUUUAUAAUUCAGGUUAGGUUUGACAGCUGAACGGUUUAUAUUCUACUGUCAUUCAGAAAUCAGGACAGCAAAGAGGAUAUAGUUCUCAAAAUUGCAGAAGAAAACAUGUUUUGAAUACAAACAGCAUGGCUCUUAAAUCCGGAGACGAGGUCUUGCGUUUGAUUUUGCAGAAUCACAAGUAAAUAUAAUUCAACGAAAGAUUCACAAAGGUAUCCGUUAUUUUCAUUAAAGUGUCACAAAGUCAAGUCAAAAAGAAAUGUUUCCGAAUGACCGGCUUUGGUUUUCAAACAAAAUAGAAUGGACAAAGCAUUAGGCAUCCAUUUUUCACUAAAGACUACUUCUAAUUAGGUAGAAAUUAACUCGCUAUAUUACAAACAGGAGUUUAAAUGGACUGAUCGGCGGAUUACAUAAUUGUUUUGGAUUGACAAGGGCAGAAUAUAGUAUUUUUAUAUGGAUUUUUUUUAAUGAUUAGAGGAUGUACAGUUAGAAUGUAAAUAUUGAUCUGCAUUCAGUGCUUUUUCUGUGGUUACUAAUAGUUUCCAUAUUCCAAAUUGGUGGUCCUCUUCAUUUGUCUGUAUUACCAAUUUUAAAAUGAAAAAGUCUGAAUUCUGUUUUGUACAAUAAAAUUGUUUCCUGGAAAAAAGUUUAAUAAUUGACAGUUGAUAUGAUUCUGUUUAUAUUGUCUAUUUCUUUCACUUUUUAUCCUGCUUGAUCAUAUUUUAAUAGUAUUAAGUCUUUCAUUCACACUGGUAGAAAUAAAGGUGUCUAAUUAACGCACCGAGUUGCAUGUGUCUGAAAAGGGUGCUCCCAGGUUCUUAUCAACAUGGUCCAUCGCUCCUCGAGGCUCAAUGAAGAUAAAUUAUGCACGCUCAAAGCGGUUAUUGUGGGGUAUGCCGUUUAAUGAUAGAGGAUAAUCUUUGACUAUCACUGUAAGGUUAUGCCAUGCAGGUGGAGCAAACCGACAAAAAUGCGUUGUUAUGAAGCAUUUGGCUGAAAAGAUGGGUUGGGGUGUGGAGUGUACUGUUGGUCCAAAUCUAAUAACUUUACAAAUAAACUGGGUCCCUCCCAGUAUUGACUAAAUAGCAACACCAGCCACUCAAAACCAAAGUUAAUUAGAAAGUGGGCAGAUUUAGUCCAUCUCCCUGUGAUGAGAUGUUAUCCGAGUGAAUGAAAGUCUGGAAUUGAGUUUUGCCUGCCAUUAUUAGGCCCAGUUAAUGUAUUUUUAUGACUCUUCUAGUCCAGGCUAUUACUUUCAAUAUAAUCACUGGAUGGUAGAGAGCUACUAUUUUAAAGUUCUGUUGUCUGUCAACAAGAAGGUAAAGUGUGGAAGGCAAGACAAAGGUAUGCAGGUAUAAUGACACUAAGACACAUGUAUUUUGGCAAAACAGCACAUUUAAUGUACUCAAGACAUUGCAAAUGCAAUAAAAGUGUUGUUCCUGUUGUUAAUGUUUCAUAGAUUGCAUUAGUCAUUGUAUAUAAAUAUAAUAACUUGUGCCUUAACAUGACUGACCUGAUAAAAUUAUCGUGAAUAAUCCAUUCAUAAAAAGUCAGUAAAUCUGAGGUAUUAUAUUUUCAAGUAAUAACCACUGUGUAGUUUUUGUCUUUGAUGUCUACAAUAAAAGU